CGGGACCGAGUCGGGCCGAAGAGCUCCGAAUCGGGCCGAAGAGCUCCGAAUCGGGCCGAAGCCAGGCCGAAGAGCUCCGAAUCGGGCCGAAGCCAGGCCGAAGAGCCCCGAAUCGGCCCGAAGCCAGGCCGAAGAGCCCCGAAGCAGGGCCGAAGAGAGCCGAAGCGGGUGAGGGGCAGCCCGGUAGAGGAGCAUCCCCGCCAAGAUGAACGCGGUGCUGGCGGUCCGGCAGUACGUGUCCAAGAUGAUCGAGGACAGCGGCCCCGGUAUGAAGGUGCUGCUGAUGGACCGGGAGACGACCGGGGCCGUGAGCGUGGUGUACACCCAGUCCGAGAUCCUGCAGCGCGAGGUUUAUCUCUUCGAACGCCUCGACUCGCCCAACAGGGAGCCCAUGAAGCACCUCAAGGCCAUCUGCUUCCUGAGGCCCACCAAGGAGAACGUGGAGCUCCUGGUGCAGGAGCUGCGAAGGCCCAAGUACAGCGUCUACUUCAUCUAUUUCAGCAACGUCAUCAGCAAGAGCGAUGUGAAGGCCUUGGCUGAGGCUGACGAGCAGGAGGUCGUGGCUGAAGUCCAGGAGUUCUACGGCGACUACAUUGCAGUGAACCCACACGUGUUCUCCCUGAACCUGCUGGGCUGCUGUCGGGGGCGCAGCUGGGACCCGGCUCAGCUCACCAGGACAACCCAGGGGCUCACUGCUCUGCUGCUGUCCCUGAAGAAGUGUCCCAUGAUCCGCUACCAGCUCUCCUCAGAGCCGGCGAAGCGCUUGGCCGAGUGCGUGAAGCAAGUGAUCACGAAGGAGUACGAGCUGUUUGAUUUCCGGCGCACCGAGGUCCCUCCCCUGCUCCUCAUCCUGGACCGCUCGGACGAUGCCAUCACCCCCCUGCUGAACCAGUGGACAUACCAGGCCAUGGUCCACGAGCUGCUGGGCAUCAACAACAACCGCAUCGACCUGUCCCGGGUGCCGGGGAUCAGCAAGGACCUGCGGGAGGUCGUCCUGUCAGCUGAGAACGACGAGUUCUACGCCAACAACAUGUACCUGAACUUCGCUGAGAUUGGCACCAACAUCAAGAACCUGAUGGAGGAUUUCCAGAGGAGGAAGCCAAAGGAGCAGCAGAAGCUGGAGUCCAUAGCAGAUAUGAAGGCCUUUGUGGAGAACUACCCUCAGUUCAAGAAGAUGUCAGGCACAGUGUCCAAGCACGUGACAGUGGUGGGGGAGCUGUCCCGGCUCGUGGCGGAGCGGAACCUGCUGGAGGUGUCAGAGGUGGAGCAGGAGCUGGCCUGCCAGAGUGACCAUUCCAGUGCCCUCCAGAGCGUGCGGCGGCUGCUGCAGAGCCCGCGGCUGUCGGAGCUGGACGCGGCCCGGCUGGUGAUGCUCUACGCGCUGCGCUACGAGCGCCACGCCAGCAGCGGCCUCCCGGCGCUCCUGGAGGAGCUGCGCGGCCGCGGAGGCAGCGACAGGUACCGCAAGCUGGUGUCUGCCGUGGUGGAGUACGGAGGGAAGCGCGUCCGAGGCAGUGACCUGUUCAGCCCCAAGGAUGCCGUGGCCAUCACCAAGCAGUUCCUCAAAGGCCUGAAGGGCAUUGAGAAUGUGUACACCCAGCACCAGCCCCUGCUCCAGGAAACCCUGGACCAGCUCAUCAAGGGAAAGCUCAAGGACAGCCAGUACCCCUACCUGGGCCCCAACACACUCCGGGACAGGCCUCAGGACAUUAUUGUGUUCCUCAUUGGAGGGGCCACCUACGAGGAGGCUCUGGCUGUGUUCAACCUGAACCGCUCCAACCCCGGCGUCCGCAUCGUCCUGGGUGGGACCACCAUCCACAACACCAGGAGCUUCCUGGAGGAGGUCACAGCCGCAGGAUUCCGCGGUCGAAGCACUGACAGCUCCCAGGUCCCACCAAGGUCCAGCAGCCGACGGUGAAUCCUGAAGGAAUGAAAGGAAUGAAUACUUUUUUUUUGCACAUUCAGAGCAGGAUGUUCCUGCCCUGCAGCUGGAGCUUCCCUUCCACACCCAGCACGGCAGCGAAUGCUGGAGCUGGCACUGGCCCAACAGCAAGGAUGUGCCCCCACUGCAGCUCCUCAUUGCCCCCUCACAAACAGCUCCAGGACUGGGAUGGAGAGCGUGAGGAGAGCCUGGGAAAGCCCUUGAAUCCCUGCAGCUCCUGGCUCUUUACUGGAUGAGUCCCAUGAGGAGCCCAGCAGAGCUGCUCCAUGCAGGGGGAGCAGCUGUGGGGGUGUGGCUGGUGGGCACAGGAGCCCUUUGCUGUUGUCUGUAUAUGUUGAAUCCUAUUAAAUCCCCCACUUUGGCUGAA